AUGGACGACAUACAUGCAAAGGCUGAGUUGGGCCGCUAUCGUAUCCGUGGCUUCUCCUCCUUUCAAAAGGUCACUCACUUCGACGACUUGACCUUCCUUUCCACCGGGCUGACCCGUUUUCCGCUGGAGGGCUACAAGGAACGGUGUAACACCCGUACCGUCAUCGGGGCCCGCCACGCCGAAAACCCCCUCAUUCUCGAGACCCCUGUCUACAUCAGCGGAAUGAGCUACGGUGCGUUGUCGGCCAACGCCAAGGUGGCGUUGGGCAAGGCCGCAGCCAUGGUAGGCUCAGCCAGUUGCACCGGCGAUGGCGGCAUGCUCCCCGGCGAGCGGGCGGCCUCCGAGAAGCUGAUCUACCAGGUGCUGCCCAGCAGGUACGGAUUCAAUCCCCAUCACCUUGUCGAUGCCCAGGCCAUCGAAAUCGUGGUUGGCCAAGGAGCCAAGCCGGGGACAGGCGGCAUGCUCAUGGGCGUUAAGGUCCAGGACGACGUGGCCGAGAUGCGCGACCUCCCCCUUGGCAUCGAUCAGCGCAGCCCGGCCCGCCAUCCUGACUGGCUUGGCCCAGACGACUUGGCAAUUAAGAUCGAACAGCUGCGUGAGGCCACCGACUGGCGGGUCCCGGUCCACGUCAAGCUGGGUGCCUGCCGGGUCGACGAUGAUGUGAAGCUGGCCGCCAAGGCCGGCGCCGACGCCAUCGUAAUCGACAGCAUGAUGGCCGGGAACCGGAGCUUCCGCCGAGGUAUUGCUGGAGCACAGUGGGAUUCCGACCGUUCCCGCCAUCGUCAUGGCCCGCGAGGCCUUGCGGGAGUUGGGUCUCUAUGGCAAGGCCUGGCCCUCGGUGCCGAUGCCGUGGCCAUAGGUCUGGGCGCGCUGAUCGCCCUGAACUGCAACAAGGAGAUCCCUGAGAGCAACUUCGAGGAGGAAGUCGGUGUCCCUGCCGGGUACUGCCGCUUCUGCCAUACGGGCAAGUGCCCCGUCGGGAUCGCCACGCAGGACCCUCUGCUCAUGAGCCGGCUGGACCCCGACGAGGGUGCGGAACGAGUUGCAAACUUUAUCAACUCAAUGACUAUGGAGAUGACCUUGCUCACCCGGUCGCUGGGCAAGGGCGACGUCCACAGCCUGGAACCGGAAGACCUCGCGCCCUGA